GUUUGUGAAGCUGUAUUUUUGUUCCUGUGUCAACGAAAAGGAGAAUACGGGCCGUAGCCGACCGGACAUUUAACAACUAGCUGGAAAGCUAAUAUUUAAACUACAAAGAGAAACAACAUCAACAUCAACAGCUCGCUUCAGUACAUUGCAUUUAAUUAAUAUUUUAAGUGAAAGUUAGCUGGCUAACAUUUUAUAUCGUGUAGCGCUUUUGAAGCUACCUAUGUUGGCAAGCUAGUAGACUAAGAGGCGAAGAAUCGCUCAGCUUUUGGCUAACGGUUGCCACUCAGCUGGUUAGAAAACUCUAUUGCUAUCUAAUAUUGACGCAACUACAGCUAUCUUAAAUUUAUGUAGUUAAACUAGCUAACGUUAGUAUCCUCAGCGAAGCGCUGUUCCUAGAUAGCGUCACCGUUUUUGAAAGAAAACCACUAGCUGCUGUCGAUAGCAAGUUGGCUAACGCUAUUGCUGAGCUUAAACGGCUAUUAAAGCAAUCCGUAGCUAGCAAGCUACGUCUUUACUUCCAAUUAGUUUGAAGGUUUCCUGUGACCCAAGGUAGUCUGGAUUUGAAGACAUGAACUCCAAUGUGGAGAACUUGCCCCCUCAGGUUCUGCGACUAGUAUACAAGGAGGUGACGGCGCUGGCUGCAGACCCCCCUGAGGGUAUCAAGAUCUAUCCUAGCGAAGAGGACAUCACAGAACUACACACUGCAAUAGAGGGACCAGAGGGAACUCCAUUUGCCGGAGGCAUUUUCCGUAUGCGCCUGGUUCUGGGGAAAGACUUCCCUGCAGCACCACCCAAGGGAUACUUCCUGACCAAGAUUUUCCAUCCUAAUGUGGGCCACAAGGGUGAAAUAUGUGUCAAUGUGCUAAAGAGAGACUGGAGAGCUGAGCUGGGCCUCAGACAUGUCUUACUUACUAUCAAGUGCCUGCUGAUUCACCCCAACCCCGAGUCGGCUCUCAAUGAAGAAGCUGGACGGUUACUCUUGGAAGACUAUGCUGAAUAUGCCUCCCGUGCCCGGCUGCUCACUGAGAUCCACGCUAUGGGUGGACCAGGGGGCACCUCGGGAGGGCCCCAAGAACCUGGCGAGGGGCCACAACCCAAAAAACAUGCUGGAGACCCCAACAAAAGGGCAGUGGUUACCACAGCUUCCUCAGGAGCCAACGGCAAUGGGGCAAACAGCGGCAUUGGCAGUGGCGGCAGCAAUAGUAUUAGUGGUAAUGUCAAUAGUAAUGUGGUCGUGAAAAAGAAAACAGAUAAAAAAAGAGCCUUGAGACGACUCUAAUGCUGUCUGUUUGCGAGUGUGUGUUGUGUGCGCGCGUGUGUAUGUAGAAGUUUGCAGACUACUAUUGUUUCACCUGUUUCUUACCCACCCUAAAUCUGUCAGUUUUUACUCAUCCUGUUUUCUUGCCAGAUUCUUUUUCAGUCCUUUCCUCUUGGACACCGCCCCCCCCCCCCCCCCCCCCCCCCCCCCAACUUUUUUUUUUUUUUUUUUUUUUCUUCCAGAAAAUUUAUUUUUCCAUUGUCAGCUGAGUUGGUGUGCAUUCCACACACUGAAAUUGCAUAUAGUAUUAAUUUAGUCGGUGAGGCACGUGGUAUCAAAUAUUGAAAUUUGAUCAUGCUAAAGACGUUUUUAGUUUUUUCAUAAUUUUUCAUUAAUUGCGUUUUUUCAAUAUUUUGUUUUCUGUAAAAUGGAAAGUACAGGGAUCAAGGAAGGAAACCAUAAAAUGGAUCAUCCACUCUCACUCUAAUCUCUUUCUUGCUGAGGUUGUAACUACUUAGCAACUACUGUCUUUGAAAUUGGAUGUUUGUAUUUUUCAAUGAGGUAUCUUACAGGGAGCUUAAGACUGUUCUCUUCAGACUCAGUAUCAGUUUAUCAUACCAUUAUCAUAUAUUUAAUUGGAGUUUGAAAUUAAUUUUGACUAUUGAGAAAAGUAACUGUUCGAAAGUGAAGCCAAGUGUUCAAUUGGAUGUAUAAGCAUUCACCAACUUGAAGUUUAGUACAUCCAAACCAGACUUUUCUCUGGGUCUUCAUUUUCCUCAUAGAACCACCCAAGGUGCCUUUUGAGAAAAAAUCAUAAUUGUGAUCCAUUUUGAACAGAAUUGGAAAAUGGAGGGUCAUCUACAGAUUUUUAUAUGAUCAUCAAGGCUAGAAAUAAGUAUAAAUUUGCUAAAAUGCCAUUGCCUAUUGUAGUGCUUUUAUAGUGAGAAAAAGAAUAAUUGAUUUUAGGAGUGGGAAUUUAAAUUUAGAUCCAAGUAAAAGGAUCAGAUGGGGAUGGUGUUUUCUAGACCUCAGAUCAAUUCCUGAAUGGUUACAUGAGAUUGGGAAAUUAUGUCCGUCUCCUUGUGAUUAUAAGUGAUUAUAGUUAAUGGGAAUCUUUUUAUUCCCUUUAGGGUUUUUAUUUUGUGCUGGCCAGGCAAGAGUAAAUUCCACUCUGAUGUUAAUAUCUGUGACAUCAGUGUCUGAAAUUUCUGUAGCUAGAAUGUCUGCAGUUAUUAACUGAAGUUUGACGGAUGAAGGAGUGGUUGAGAGAGGGUGGCAAAUUGUGGUCUGGAUGUUGCUUUUUUUUUUCUCCGAUGUGUUUUUUCCACUUUUCUAAGAUGUUGUGAUUAUUUUUGCCCAUUUUUAAAGAAAAUACAGAUGUAAUUUUACCUUCGUAGCCCAGUAUUUUCAAGAGAGCUUUUAGAGUGAGAUGGCUUGCAGUCAACUAUCCUUUGGCACGUGAGGGGGACAACAUGUAAUGAACAGCAAGCUGGAAAUGCAGUACUGAACACAAUAUACACUGACUGGAAUAUGGCCUUGGAACUGUACCUGCACAUUAGAGUAAUGUAUCCAUAGACAUACAGGUCCGAUGAAUCCUUGUGUCCUUGAUGACUAGCAUGAUAGACAAUUAUCAUUGAGAUGCGUUAACAUGCGUAUAUCCCUAUAACCCAGUCUUGUUUGUGCUGUCUGCACUUACCCUGUUCCACAGGGUCCUAGUUGGAUAAAAUGUAUAUCUCUUUGGGUAGAGUUCAAUGGUAUGAAUAGACAAAAAUUACGUACAUGGCUGAGUUUCUUUGGUUUUCUGUUUUACAUAAGUGUUCUUUGGAAAUGUUUAGACAAAGCAUUUACUGGUCCAGGAUUUCCCAGGGAAAUAUUUGUGAGUGUUGCCUUUCCUUGGGGAGAAAACCUGCUGUGGAAAGUCAGCCAUUGUGCAAAAUCAAUUGAGGGGGGAGGGGAGGUUGGGUAUUAUACAGUAUAUAUAAUUUCUUUGUUUGUGUCCUUGUAUGUUAUUUAAAUUAACAACAAAAAAUUCUAGAAAAAUAAAUAAAAUGCAAACACUU